AAAAAUGGCGGCGACCGAGGACGUUAGCGGUCCUCAUCCUGUCACUGAAAUGGCAGAAUCUAACGGUCUUGAUUUAGUUGACAUUUCAAAUCAAGGUCUCCACAAGCUGGAUCCGAAUAUCUGUUCACCAAACACACAGACACUCAUCUUAGACCAGAACCAGAUCAUCAAGCUGGAACAUCUGGAGAAAAAUGCAGCUCUCCAGCAGCUGUCUGUUGCCUGUAACCGGCUAGUUCGCAUGAUGGGUGUGUCAAGACUUACCCAACUAAAGGUGUUAAACCUCCCCAACAAUAGCAUUGGUUACAUCGAGGGACUGAAAGACCUGGUCCAUCUUGAGUGGCUAAACUUAGCAGGAAACAACAUCAAGGUCAUAGAGCAGUUGAACAACUGUUUAGCACUGCAACAUCUGGAUCUGUCCGAUAACAACAUUUCUCACACUGGUGACCUUUCAAAGCUCUCCGCCUUAAAGACACUUCUUCUCCAUGGUAACAUCAUUACAAGUCUGCGUACUUCUCCUGCACAUUUUCCUCUGAACCUUGCUGUUCUUUCUUUGGCUGAAAAUGAAAUCCGGGACCUCAGUGAGGUGUCCUACUUGGCACCUUUACACAACCUUGAGCAACUGUCCAUCAUGAACAACCCGUGUGUGAUGCCCACACCCUCAUUGCCUGGAUUUGAUUAUCGUCCAUAUGUUGCGAGCUGGUGCCUCAAUUUAAAGGUGCUCGAUGGAUAUGUGGUGUCACAAAAAGAAGGGCUAAAAGCAGAGUGGUUGUACAGCCAGGGCAAAGGCCGCACAUUUCGCCCUGGACAACACGUACAGCUGGUCCAGUACCUGGCUUCCACAUGCCCCUUGACCUCUUCGUCCUCGCUCCAGUCAGCUGAGGAUGCCAAGCUGGAGAGGAUCCUCAGCAAACAGAGGCAACACCAGAAACAGCUCCUCCAGGAAAGUCAGUACGAUUGCUCAAGUCCUGUUCACACGACUCAGCUGGAUAUGGAUCAGCCCUGGACUGAUCCAGCCCAAAAAGUAGUCACGACAAGCCAGGCUCUUAAUGUCAACAGGCAGCCAGAAGUUUCUCAACCAGUUCUCCAGGUGAAUACUUGGAUGGCUGAUACAUCCUCAGCAUACAUUCUAAGCCCUGUUCACGCCUCUUCUCGUGGUGAAGACGGUCUGGUUUUAGAAGACAUGCAGACGGACGAAGAGAAGCUCCUCGGCAGCCUGCUGUCCUCAGAGUCCGCCUUCCUACCCGUGAGCUCCGCCGUGCGCUCGCCGUCGCCCCCUGAAAGUGAAGAGGAAGAACUCGAUGACCCUGAUUCACUGUCACCCCCAUAUCCAUCCCGGUCUCAAUCUCAGAAGAUCGAGGCAGCAACAAGCUUGCGUUUUCCACUCAAUCAAAAUAACUUGCAGACAAACAUUACUGACCACAGAGCAGUGGAACGAGAGCACGUACAAACUGAUGAAAUGGGACUUUUGCAAGUGAACAAGCUCAUAAAUGGCACAGAGGCAGCCACCGAGCUGAAACUGAGUGCUAAGCUGGCAGAGUGCCAUGCAGACGCGGCAGCUGUAAAGAUCCAGGCCUGGUGGAGGGGAUACAGGACUCGACAGCGGCACCCACAGGCCAAAGAGGUGCGCAGUGAGAUUCGGCUCCGCCGUCUACAGGAUCAUAUCGUCUACCUAACAGCAGAGCUGGAGAGUGUGCAGAAACAGCAGCAGGAGGAGAAGUUGCAGAGGAUGAUCCAGGAAGAAGCUGUAAAGUUCCUCUGGAAGCAGCUUCAGGCCAUGAUGGAGUGGCAGUGUUCAGUGAAGGAACAGCUCAGCUCUUUAUCUCCCUCGCACAGCAUCGCCACCGGUCCCAUUCCUACCAGCCCUAACAUCACAUCUCACCCUAAGCCAAGUGAGGUCUCGAUUCCCGAAUCAGGCUUUCAUUCUCCCGGUGAACAGCAGGAGGCGCUGGAAGACAGUACGAGCAGCGCAGGUGCUACUGGUGGCUCCCCUGCAACAGUGCGGACUUUGCAACACACAAGUUCACCGGGAACAGGGGCGGAUGGGGACAGUCAGGAUAGCAGCUUGCUAGAGCAGUACCUCUCUUCUGUGCAGCGCCAAGAAGAGGAGGAGGAGGAGGAAGGAGAAGGGUGCACUUCACUACUCACUCCAGUUCAUGAUUCUGAGGUUUCUGUAUGUUCUGAUGAAACAGACAAAACUCUGUUAAAGGCAGAGUUGUGAAAAAAAAAAAAAAAUACUUUUGGAGCAUUCCUAAAACGCUUUGAUUAGCUUUUAAUUCCUUAUUAGCGUUAAUUUGAAGGUGCUAUAAGUAGGCAUUGUGUUCUGGCAAUACCUCUGGGAAACCAUCGGAAUCGAAGUUCACAAAGGAUUUGAGGAUAUGAGCAGUUCUAUUGAGAGAAAAUUAGUUACAAUUUACUUAAGUAUCUAAAGUUAUUUUACACUGACCAACACUAUUUUGGAUUGGAUAUUAAAAAGUAUUUUUCUACAGAAUAUUUAAAUUUAAUUUUACCCUUUCCUGUGUUAAAACUUUUUAAUUUUUACAGAUGUUUAAAAUAAAAAUGUGUAAAAGAUUUUUUUUUUCCUUAUGCUGACGCUUGCAAAAUCAAAUGUUGUUGUACAUACUGUGUGUCAUGAAAAUGUCUUCCUUUCCCAUAUACUUUCCCAAGCCGACCAACAAUCAGAUUUACUCACUUAAAAACAGAUCCUGGAUAUUUUACCCUCAUUUGAUUAACAUUUUAAAUAAGGUUUUGAGUCCUGGCCUGGGAACAGCCUGCUCUAACACGCAUGAAUUAACUGAUCAUGACAUGUGCUUAGACCAGAGAAAUCACCUAUAUGUGAUCUAUGGGAUCCCCAGGUCUGGUUUUGAAAACCACCACCUCUAGACAUUUCCAUUGAAAUAUUUUCAGAUUUCUGGAAUAAGAAAUGGCUUUCUCUUUAUUGCUGAUAUUAACACGAAGUUCAGUCCAUGAGAAGGUCACAGAUGUGUGGUUUUUUUUUUAAAAGUCAGUUAAUGCAUACAUUAUUACUUCUCUUUUCCCUAAAUAUAUAUACACGUGUGUGUGUGUGUGUAUACAUUUACACACAUACACAUAGCAGAACAGCUUUAAAACAAUGGUUGAAAGAUUCCUGUCAGGCUUCUGUGGUUAAUUUGGGGAAAUGACUAUUUCUGGACGUAUCUGUCUUCUACAAAAGCGCUACGUGUUAUCCUACAUGUUACAUGACUAACAUUUACAUUAUUCAGCAUGUUUGCAGACUGAACACACUGGCAGGUGAAAUGCCUUUGUGUAAAUUAGGUUUAUUACAGUACGUCAUCUAUCGGUUGUUGUUUUAGGAGUGCCGUUGAUGUUGUUUGACUUACUCUUGAUUUGACUCUAUUUAUUUUUCUAACCGUCUUUUAUGAAUGCACUUUUAAUAAUAAACUA